CAGGAACCUGCCUUUGGGAUGCUGACGGCCCCACUGAAAGCCCCCCUCACCCGGCUGGAUGAGGAGCUGUGCCACGAGGCUCUCAGCCUCUUCCAGCUGAUCCUGCGCUUCAUGGGGGACCCGGGGCUGGGCGGCUCUCAGGAGACCCUUUUUGGCAACUACAUCGUGCAGAAGGGGCUGUCGGUGCCGGGGCUGCGGGACGAGCUCCUGGCACAAGCUGCCAACCAGGUGUGGAGGAACACCAACGUCAACAACGAGGAGAGGGGCUGGCUGCUGCUGGCCACCUGCCUGAGCGCCUUCCCCCCGUCCGCCGCCUUCGACAAGUACCUGCUCAA